AUGUCCAAAUUCAACUUCGGCCCGCCCGCCUCGUCGUCAGGAAAUGCCUUUUCUCUGAACAGUACCUCAAACACUCCUGCAAGCACUGGCUUCAGCUUCGGCAAUGCCGCUGCUCCUGCUUCUGGCGCUGGUCAAACACAAAGCCUUUUCGGCGCACCCUCUCCUUCUACACAAACUCCCACUACCUCUGGUUUCAGCUUUGGUCAGAAGCCUGCCGCGUCUGGAAGCAACCCUACAACCCCAGGUGUCGCUCCAACGGGCAAUCCCUUCGGUGGUGCUGCUGCUUCUACUGGCGGCUUUUCACUGGGAAACAACUCAACCACUCCCGCUGCCACAAACAAGCCCAUGUUCUCNCACUACACCUGCUGGUCCUCCCCUACUCAAUCAACCGGCGGCAUCUUUGGCAGCAAGCCUCUNCUCUUUGGUCAGCCCGAGCANAAGGCAGCAGAGGCUCCCAAGUCUGCCUUUGGUGCCCCUCUAGGUGGGAACAACGCAUUUAGUUCGUUUGGAAAGAAGGCCGAUGACAAUUCUUCCUCUUCCGCUCCUCCUACUUCGUUGUUCGGCCAAAAGCCUGCAGAAGGUGCCGCUUCUGCAAAGCCCAUGUUCAAUCUCGGUGGUGCUACCUCAUCGACUCCUCAGUCUGCCCCUGCCACCGUGCCCACCUUCUCUCUGGGCGGCAACUCCUCAAAACCAGCCUUCUCACUCGGCGGAAGCACAUCACAGACUCCUGCUUCUACUCAACCUGCAUCAGCCACCACAACGUCUGCACCCUCACUUUUCGGUGCCUCGUCAUCUGCUGCCCCUGCUUCGACAGGCACAUCAACAUCUGGCUUAUUCGGAGCCAAGAAGGACGAUGCUACUGACAAACCUGCUGCAGGUUUGUUUGGCGGUCUGACACAGAACAAGGAUGCUGCCGACAAGCCUGCUUCCUCACCGUCGCUCUUCGCACCUGCACAAAACAAGGAUGAGGCUGCUAAGCCCGCUGCACCUCUAUUUGGUGGUCUGGGUGCUAAGAAGGAUGAUGCUGCUACACCUGCUGUUCCUGCCAGCAACCUCUUUGGUGGUCUAGGUGGUGCCAAGAAGGACGAUGCUCCAAAGCCUGCCGCUCCUUCUGGCGGCCUCUUUAGCAACUUGGGCGGUCAGAAGAAGGACGAUGCUGCACCUCCUCCUACCUCCACAACCGCCACUUCAGGAUCGACUCCAGCUUUCUCACUAGGAGCAAAGCCUGCUGAUUCUAGCACACCUGCCUCGACCGAUGGCUCCGCUUUCGGUCUCAAGCCCGCCGCAGCACCAGCUGCAGGAAGCUCUGGAGGUAAUGCACCCACCACCUCAGCAGCACCGGCUGCAGGUUCUAACAAUGGCCCUGCCGGCAGUAAUUCACUUGGUAGCGGCCCUACUAACGCAUCAACCUCGGGACCUGCACCCCCUGCUACAUCGCGCCUCAACUCCAAGUCCCUCGACGAGAUCAUCACACUUUGGACAACAUCGCUUUCGUCGCAUCAAAAGCAAUUCUCCAACCUGGCUACCAAGAUUGGAUCCUGGGACCGCAUGUUGGUUGAGAACAGCGACAAGAUCAGCAAGUUGUACAGCCGUACCUUCCAGGCUGAACGUGACACCGCCGAGGUCGAGCGUCAGCUUGCCUCUGUUGAAGGUCAGCAAGAGGAACUCAGUCACUGGCUCGACCAUUACGAGCGUGUUUUGGACGACAUGGCCGCCAAGGCUGGCGGUGUUGACAGUGGUGUUGAUGCUGAGCGUGAGAGAACGUACGUAUAUUCCGACAUCUCCCUAAAAGGACACAUGCUAACCAUUGCCACAGUNUACCAAACUGCUGAGCGCUGCUCUGCUCGCCUGACCACUAUGUCUCACGACCUGACCUCAAUGAUCGAUGAGAUCAACCUUGCAUCCACCAACCUCUCCAAGUCGUCCAAGACCGCCGAGUCGGACCCUCUUUCCCAGAUCGUCCGCGUACUCAACGCACAUCUCGGUCAACUGCAACAAAUUGAUGUUGGUGCCGAACAACUCAGACAAAAGGUGGAAAGUGCACAAAAGGAGGUCCGUGGCUUUGGUGGAAGAGGAGUCUCCGAUGAGGGUGUAGAAGGUUUCAUGAGAAGCUUGAGAAGAUGA